AAGAUCACAACGACUAGUGCACUAUACUCAUAGCGCCUUAAUUAAAGAGAAGUGGUGGGUGUGAACGGUUUAUUGAGAUGAGGAGGAGUGCUCAACGGUUGAAGGAGCUGUCGUUCCUGUUCAUGAUAAUCGGACUGACUACUAUCACCUAUUUCGUCAUCUACAUUCGUGUGAUAGGGACCCCUCAUGGUAUACACAAGGAGAAGAUAAAGAGACUCAAGUUUCAGAGAUUGCGUGAUCGACUAGGCUGCAUAUCUCUAUGGGAGCAGGUCGGUUGUCGAUCAAAAUAUUCAAUACUUCGUUGUGCGCGUAGUAAGAGGAGUCCAGACGAACGUCACUAUGACUCGUUCGUGACGACAUUUGAAUCUCUCGUGUAUCUAAAUGCGUGUCGACAUGACACUUGCUCUCUGGUAGGUUCUUCCGGAAAUUUGAGAAAUCAUCGCUAUGGGAAACUGAUAGAUGCAAGCAACAUCGUCAUUCGUAUCAACAAUCCACCAAUCAAGGGAUAUGAGGAAUAUGCUGGGACACGCCCAGCUGAUAUAUCCAUAGUUAAUGAUCAUUCAAAUUGCUUUAAUAGCACCACUCAUCCUACUCUGUAUAUUCGUUCUAAGGACAAUGCUUUGACAAAGGAUCAAGGCGUUAUUGGAGUAUGUCAAGCACAUCGGAUUGCAUCUCUGUACUCUCUGUCCAGGUUUAUUCAACGCAACUAUGUUCAUGCUACGAGCGGUUUGAAAGCCCUCAUUUUUAGCAUGAUGAUAUGCAAGCAGGUUCUCUUGUUUGGAUUUGGAAUGCAAGGAACGAACAGUUGGCAUUAUUAUCCUCCUUACUCGAACUAUACACCUCUUCAUCACGAGAUGUCUUUGGAAUCAAGAAUAAUACAAGACCUUGCAAAUGGAACGUUUGGCAGUAGUACAGCUGAUUUUCGAAACGAAAUAUUUGGCAAAGUAAAUGUUACGUUCUUGGGGUAUUGAAUACUUCUUGUAGUAGAGAGAGAUAGUGCUUGAUUAUGUUAUCGUUUGAGAAAACAUUGUGAGAAUACAAAAUUCAAUUUUGGCAUCAGUGUUGUACUGAGGUGACUGUUGAGUGAUCUUCUACUGGCUUGUUUGUAUGCCUGCC